AUGCCUCCAAAACGAAGUGUGUGGGCCACGGAUUCCACUUUCCAUGUCAGCCAUACAAACACGCGAACUCGAACCCAACUACCUAGGCGAACAUAUAUCAACGAACGAGCCGGGUUGGCAACAGCCAUUGAGACGGGGCGACAGUACGGAAUGCUGCCACGAUCCCGGAGGCGAAUCCGCGCCAGAAAUAUUCAGCUCCCUCCGAAUCCUGGCAGCAAUGCUUUCCGCGACGGGGACAAUCCAGGACCACUGCACACGGAAGACCAUCACAAUGUCCUCCAACCAGCUCGUGUCCAUUCCAGAUUCCAUCGGCUGCGUUUAUAUGCCAAAGCACGGGAGCGUCGGACUGAAGAAUGGGCUCAAAUAGAAAAUCAAGCUGCUGCUACUUAUAUGUGGUGUGAAGCAUAUAGCAACAACUGGACUACUGGAACGUUCCCACAAGAACCUGUACCCUUUGAUUGUAGCUGCUCGCCGGAAGAGAUUUCCCCCUGCCUGGUGGACCUGAUUGAUCUUCAGCAUGAAUUACCACGUCAGGUUACUAGGGAUUUCCUCUCUAAUUUGAAUGACAACACUCGCGAUUGCAUAACUACUCCACAUGUCACACAUGACCCGGACUUGGGCGCAGGCAGUUCCGCGGUUCAAGAGCCAAAUAGAGAAAUUGAUUUCUUCUCCACACUUGGCAUGCACCCCAAACUUAAUCUUUCGCCAUCCUCCGGGAGCUGGGGGAGGACUCUUCUUCGGGAUGACCACACGGCGGCUCACAGUGGAACACAGCGUGCUAAUGCUGUUGCUCUUGACAAUCAAAUUCCGGCAACAUCGACCAAAAAGAGGAAAGAAGACAAAAUUCAAAAUCCACCGCAAACAAUUGAUCUUUUGAAGAACUGGCGAGCGCAUCGGUUGCCAGAUCCUUCGACCAACUUUGAUGAGACCCAGCAACAGGUUGUGCUUGGUACGAAACAUGUUCGUAAUCGAGCGCUGAACGAGUUGGACGGCCAUAGGCUUACCGAGAUCUCGGGGCAGACCGCUAUGUAUCUUGGAGCGAGAGAACCUCUUACGACUCCUGUUCACGAUGGAAAUGGAAUAAACUUUCUGCCUCCGAUGCCAGGCAGCCCUGUCAACUUUCGACAGCCGGUGUUCGCUCGUGGUACCCUUCUGGUUCCUAAUCCUAAUCUUUACAAGCGAUUAUCGAUGCCGACUAUCUCCUCGCAUAGGGCGAGACAAUCUGACUCUGCUUCUGUUCAAGUGGCGAUUCGAAAAACUAAACGUCCCAUCAAUUUUGCUGAUACUCACGCCAACAAGAGGCAACUUACAACGCUCGAAAUGAGUCGAACAGAUAGCACUUAUGAGGGAUCUUCAUUGCGCCCCAAGCCCAACAACGUGGUUGAUUCUGUUGUAAACCCGAGCUCCACAAACGGAUUGGCUUCCCGUCAGAAAGAGAUCGUAACAGAACCUGUUAGGAAUCCGCAACCCGCCACUGCUCUCGAAAGUCUGCCUUCAAGCACUCGUAAUGCCCAUUUUAGGAGACUCGAAUUUACUCAUGAGGUUCUUGAAACACGCAGCCCGUUAUCCGAGGAUAAGCCGAUCAUUGACGAAAUCAAAGCUUUCAAUCCAACCAAGAAGAAACUCGUGAUUUAUGAAAACGAGUACGAUGAUGCUUUCGUGUUGUUCGGAAAGUGUUACGAAUUGAUCAGGGACAAAGCGCAAAAUUUCAAGGCCAAAUAUGGAAAAAAGACAAAGAAAGCAGCUUAUCUUCAAGACCACUUUAACAAGCUGCGGGAUAAUCGUACCAAAUGGAUUGACUUUUGGAAUCAAAGAGCUAAACUCAACCUAGUCAACCGGGUCGACCCCGCUCCGCAGUCUAUAAAACGAAUGGAAAGAUUAUGCCUAAUCUUCUUGUUUUAUGUCGAGAUGAUUGACGUAGUACUACCCAAGAGCCAAGGAAUUUCAUUUGAUGAACAUCCAAACUGUCUUGAAAUUGCAUUUAACUCAUUUCAAAGAUACUGGAUGAAGCACAAAGGACCAAAAAUGUCUAACGAUCAUGACAGUACAUUGAUUUGGAAGAUCUUAUGUACUUGGAUUCGCAAAUCAGGCAGACAUGAUGUUCAAGAAAAUUUCUUGCAAGAUCGAUACCGUCGCACCAUUUUUCAGGUUUUCUUCAAUAAACUAUUUUGUCUUUCAAUUGAAAAUUUCAACAGUAAGAUAUCCAAAGAAUAA